AUGAGGAGUGCCCUGCUCUUCGCCUGCCUGCUGGGGAUGGCCUGCGCCUUCUCGGUCAAGAGCUGGCUGCGGCGAGCCAAAUCAGAUGACUCAGAAGAAAACGCGGUGUUCAAGAACAGGCACCGGUAUUACCUGUACAGAUAUGUCUACAUGCAUCCCCCGCAGAGACGGUACCAGGGCAGUGACUCAUCAGAGGAAGAAGGGGACGGCUCUGAGGAGGAGGAGGAAGGGGGGGAGCCAUCCCAUGCUGGCACCCAGGCAGUUGGCCACCCUGCUGGAACAGCUCCUGGAGACAGCCAGGGCGGACUGGGAGGAGACAUCGCAUCCCCCCAGCAGGGCAAGGGCUGCCAAGGGCCCCUGAAGGGUGACAGAAACGGUGCUGCCGGCAAAGGGGGUGACUCUGAAAAUGAAGACAGUGAUGAGAAUGAGGAAGAGGAAGAGGAGGAGGAAGAAGAGGUAGCCGAGAACGAGAAUGGCGUCAACGGCACAAGCACCAACACCACCGAGGGGGCAGACGGACCUCACGGCAAUGGCACUGUGGCAGCUGAGGAGGGCACCGGUGCAGCUGAGGAGGAGGAGGAAGAGGAAGAAGAAGAAGAAGAGGAGGAGGAGGAGGAGGAAGAGGAGGAGGAAACUGAAGCGACCACUGUCGCCAGCACCACUGGUGAAGAGGGUCUGUCCCAGGCGACCACCAUAGGAGAUGGAGGUCCCACGGACGCCACCACAGCUGCGGAGCAGUGGGAGUAUGAGGUGACAGCCAGGGGCCACGGCGAUGAAGGCACCACCGAUGGCAGCUAUGGGGAGCAGGACGAGUAUGCCCGUGGGGACAGCUACCGGGCCUACGAGGACGAGUACAGCUACUACAAGGGACACGGCUACGACGUGUAUGGCCAGGAUUACUACUACAGCCAGUGA